UUUUAAGUAUUUGUGUCAAUAAGAUUUUGUAUAAAAAGAAAAGCUUUUCCUUUAAAUAUUUUUUGAGCCAGGAUAUAAUAAUGAGUCAAGCAGGAAAAGUUGCAGAGAUAUUUACACUUGCUGGUGAGACAUUUAUGAAACUUGGUACUCUUGCAAUGUCACUUCAACAAUCAAGUGAUAAAAUACAGGACAAUGGUAAAUGGGGUGAUGAAGAAGUAGAAAUGCUCAAGAAAGCUAUUAGCCAGUUUGGAGAAGACAUUGAAAAAAUAUCUACUGUUAUAAGAACGAAAUCUGCAAGUCAAAUCAAAGCAGCUUUAAAACAAAAAACUGUUCAAAAUUUAACAACAGCAAAAGGUCGUCCUCAACUUCCAAUAAGUAUCCAACCAAGACAUGCUGGUAUGAAGAGUAAAGCUAAUAAUAUUGUAUAUUCACAUGAAAAUAUACCUGAUGAAUCUAGUAAAAAAGCAAAAGUUGAAACAUCCAGCAUAAUGUCUUCUCGUCAAACAAGUAUGAGUGUUUUAUCAUCAGUGCCACAAACAUUGAAUGUUUUAUCUUCGAUUAGUACACAAAACAAAUUAUGUGCACAAAAUACUACUCAAAAUGGGGUACCUGUUUUGGCUUCUAGUCAAGGCUUUCAAGUAAUAUUACCUCAAAAUUUUGGUUUAGGUGCUGGUUCGGUAACUAUGUUUAAUUCUGGUGUAAUACAGCAUGUAGCAGAUGCUAACACUAGUUUAAAUGUGGAUGUUGAAAGUUAAUCUAUUUGUAGUUUAAAGUAAUUCAAUUUAGUGGUAGAUGUAAUACUAAGUUAUAUAAGUUUUAAUUUAUCACUUAAAUAUUGUUGUAUGAGUUUUAUGUAAUUAUUUGGAUACUAAAAAGUUAAACGUUUGAA